UCACUGGGGAUCGAAACGCGAAUACAGUUCUCCGUCUCUGGAAACUUCACUUCAAAUUCAAUCCGUCCGAAAAACCCUCGAUCCUCCCCCGACGACCUGAAGCGCCCCCGGGGAAAUCUCCGAUCCGAACCCCGAUCGCCGCCGCCACCGCAUCGGUCGACGAUCCACCCCCCCCCCGCCCAGCAGACAUGCCGAAGAAGAUGGGCGUCAACAGCAAGGCCGAGGAGGCCAGGGCUCGCAAGUCGGCCGAAGAGACCGAGCGCAAGGCGCAGGAGGCCCGCGAGAAGGAGGAGCGGUACUGGCGCGACGCCGAGGGCCCCAAGUCCCGCUCCUCCAAGAAGCGCGAGGAGGAGGCCGAGAAGCGCGCCGAGGCGCUGGCCCGCAAGGCCGAGGCGCGCCGGCUGGCCGAGCAGGAGGAGAAGGACCUGGAGAAGGCGAUGCGGAAGCCGGACAAGAAGGCCACCCGCGUGUCCGUCCCCGUGCCCAAGGUGACGGAGGCGGAGCUGCAGCGCAGGCGGGAGGAGGAGCAGGCGGAGGUGGCGAGGAAGGCGGAGGAGGGGAAGCGAAGGCAGAGCAGGACCGCGGCGGAGGAGGAGUACGAGAGGAUGGUGCUCGUGAGCAAUACGAAUCGGGACGAUUCGAUCAUCGAAGCGAGUACGGUGGAGGAUGCGAUAGCGCAGAUGGCGGUUGCCGAUAGCUUGCCUGUGGAUAGGCAUCCGGAGAGGAGGCUCAAGGCUUCUUUCAAGGCUUUUGAAGAAGCUGAGCUCCCGAAACUGAAGGAAGAGAAACCGGGUCUAACUCACAAUCAAUACAAAGACAUGAUAUGGAAGCUCUGGAAGAAAUCUCCUGAUAAUCCUCUUAAUCAGAUUGCUGAGUGAUUGCCGCUUAUAUUCAGCUUUUGAUAGUAUUGGGUUCUUAUAAACCUUAUUGCUAUCAACUGUUGCAUCCUGAUGUAUAAUGGGGCAUUGAGUGGAUGAUUUCGUUCACGGUUCUCCAAUCCCCAAGGAGGGGCAGAGUUGUAUCUAAAACAAUGUCCAUUCUCUAUCCUCCAUGUGCUCGUUAUUCCCGGCAUCUCGACUUGGUUUGGUAUUCUGCAUGCUGUGUUUCUUCCUUUUUGCCUCCCUGGCCUGUAAACAAGUGAAUAUUGUAUAUGCAAGAGAUAUCACUCUGGUUAAAUUGCGAGUUGGUUACCCUCA